UAAUAGAGACCACCAGUGUCACACAGAUAAAGCAGAAUGAUCCAGCACUGUGAUGACAAACUUCUCAUAUUUAACCUGCUGCUCCUCAUGUCAGUCUUGGCAUGUGAGAUGGAGAUCUUGACUUUCACUGCACAUGAAAGAGGGAAAGUUGAGAUACGGUGCCCAUACGAACCUAUAUAUGAAGAACAUAAGAAGUAUCUCUGCAGAGGAGAAUGUCCAAGACUGUUUAAAGAUAAACCUGUUGAAUCUGGAUCAACACCUCAAGAUACAAGAUUCUCUCUGACUGAUAACAAAAUGGCUCACAUCUUCACCGUCACCAUCACUGAUCUGAGAACAGAGGAUCAAGGCCAAUACUGGUGUGGUGUAAAGACAGGAUUUUUAAAGUUCGAUUAUAAGAGAGAGAUUUACCUGGAAAUUAGAAGUGUGUCCCCAUUGUCUGGUGUGACUGGAAAGCAUGUUGAUAUUCCCUGCCAAUAUGACAGUGAAUUGAAGAAUGAUGUCAAAUUCAUCUGCAAAGGAAGUUAAACGUCCCUGUGUGAGAAAUCAGCUAUCAAAGUUUCAUCAGAGAUCAACAGUUAUGGCCGAUUCACUCUGAGUGAUGAUGCAUCAGCAAGAGUUUUUACUGUGACCAUCGUUGAUCUGACAGAAAAUGAUUCUGGGAUAUACUGGUGUGGAGCUGUACAGAGAGGACAAGGGCACAAAAACAAGUGGAUUUCAGUCACUGAUCUGAAAAUUUCUGCUGUUACAUCAGAGAGGUUGUCACCUAAACCAACCAUAACAACAACAACAGUUUCAUUUCACACCAGCAAACCAGUAACAGCAGAAACUGCCUCCAGCAGAGCCGUCACAUCUUCGUUAUCUUUCACUAUUUCACCCUCACCAUCAGCAUCAUCUUCAGUGUUAUCUCCUUCCUCAUCAUCUGCUAAUGUGUCACCAAAACCACAACCAGGUUCUACAGCAGUCAUCAUGGUGAUCGUCAUAGGGAUACUGACAGGGUUUGGUUUCUUAUUGUUCAUAUACUUAAGUCGAAGUAAAAAGAAAGAAGGUAACUGUCCUUCUCACAGCCCGACUGAGAAUCUGCCCAAUGGAGAGACAGGAGAAACUAGAGAAGCCACACAUACGGUCUACGAUUAUGAAAACAUCGGUAACACACUUGAUCAUCCUGACUAUAGUGUGGUCCUUCCAGCAUUUGCUGAACAUGACACUUCUGUUUAUGCUCUAGCACAAUUACCCAACAUCCCCUCUGACGAUCUCAACUACUCCAGCAUCAAAUUUACAGCUACACCUCAUUCAGACAAGACAUCUGAUGGGCAGAUGUCAUGCGACUAUGCAACUGUUAGACCAUAAAACUGUGGACAUUAAUAGAGACAGGUUAAACCUGAAUGCUUUUCACUUGCUUUGUGAGUGUAAAUCUGUGGCCUUGGUAUUGUUUUGGAUAAAUCAGUAUUGGAAACAUAA